ACGCCUGCAGGAAUUGAUAAUUCUAUAUAAAGGUGACUUUAGACGAUCUGGCCGCAAACGAAUCAGUCGAGUGUAGUAACUUGCACAGUGAAUAACCAUUGCUUCUUGCUGCUAGUGCAAAACAAAGCCAUACCAAAACGUUUCAACAUGACCAAAUGGGGACCUUUGCUGUUGGCGUUGUUCGUCUGUAUCGCGAUCGCGUCCGUUCAAGCUGAUCAUGGUGGUGAGCAUACGGACGGCGAUAAGCACGUUGAUCACAAGCAACAUGGACAAUUGCAUCGUUCGGGUUCGCACUCAAGCCACGAGCAUGGAAAGGGUGGCUGCGGUCGUAAUCAUGGCGUUGGAGCAGAACACGGAGAGGGACAUCACCACCACCACCAACACGACGACGACGACCAUAAACACUCCCACGAAGGACCCCACGAUGGGCACCAUCAUUAGCCGGGAAGGAAGCAAGUGGUCGGAUGUUAUUCUAUCAGAUGUAAUUGAUUUUAGGCAAUGAUGUCAUUAUUAAUAAAAAGCUGCUAACAUAUGCAAAAGAAGGAGUCUAUAAAAUAA